AUGAGCGCGGCGUCGCAUGGAGACCUCUUGUCGGGGCUCUUUGCAGGGAAGGUGACUGCUGCGAAGAAAAACGAUAGUAAGCCAAAAAAUGGCGUGUUGCAUGACCGGACGAAUCCAAUCCAAGAGGUCCCGGCUCCCAUUCGCCACCAAAAGCCCAUGCGAGCUGGCCCUGGAAAGAAGAUCGAGGGGCACGCGCUGGCCGACACCUCGGAAAAGGCGAUUGAAGCGCGACGUCACUCUAGCCAGACAACUCGCCGCUUUUCGCGUGCUCGCGUGAAGCGCGUCUACGAGCGCGAGACCAAAAAUGCUCAGGAACGGGCUGUCACUGAAAAGGUACUGGAGCUCGACGUCGUAGCGGGCGCGCAAAAGCCACCUGCCGAUGCAAUCCUCAAUCAGUCGCUGUACUACCAAGCAAACAUGCAAGAAUUCGAGCCUGUGGCAAGUGUUGCGCUUCUUCGUGACGAAUGGCUUGCGACGCCGGUCAAGGAGGGCGAUAUUGUGCACUUGUACGGUGCGUGGGAAAUGAAGCCUUAUCGAGGAGACGAGGCGCAGCCUGCGCCAGAGCCUUCAGACGACGAUGACCUCUGGGACGGGCUCGACGACCAUCUGUUUGACGCCGUGCUGGGCAGCAUACCUACCAUGACCCUGGCCUCGUUUCUCCCUGUGGAUGCGCCCGCGAGCCAGCACCUGCUGGUUCUGCACCCCGACACGAUCAUCUCGGCGUCGAACCUUGCGAGCGUCGCUUCGUGCAUGCGGCGCCCGAUGCUUCAAGAGCGGAUCAAGACGGCAUCCGACACGACCUUUUCGGCGGUAUUUGGUAACAUGGUCCACGGCCUGCUGCAAGCCUGCCUAGUCGGAUCCGACGGCGAGAAAGACGGCGAUGCCGACCUCGCCGAGGCCAUGGCCACGGUCGAGACUGAUCCGCUGCCAGCGCCUGCUACUUGGACGCGACUCGGCAACUUUUCGCGACCUUUUAUCACUGCUGAAAUCGAGCGCCAGCUCGUGCAGAACCGUGCCGCGCUCUCCAUCGUGGGCGCCGAGACGGAAAAGACGCGCACAUCGCUCGCCGAGGUCGUGCCAUCCCUCGUCUCGUUCGGCGAGCGCUAUCUCGCUCCGAAAGACGGCAGUGAGCACGCCGAGGAUGUUGAGGACCGCCGCGCGGAGCACGAAGUGCGCAUCUGCCUUACCCGCAUCCUCGGCACGGAGGAUGACGUCGUUUCGCCGCUUUUUGGCCUCAAAGGGCGAGUCGACGUCUGUGUCGAGGCGCAUAUCUACGAGCGCGGCCGCAUUAACGUCGCCGUUCUUCCGCUGGAAAUCAAGACCGGGCGCGUUUUGUCGAGCACCGAGCAUGCCGCACAAACCAGCCUGUAUACCCUGCUGCUCUCGGACCGCUACGGCGUGGAAAUCGAGUCUGGCCUGCUUCUCUAUACCCAGUCGAGCGCCAUGAGCCGCGUGCACCGCGCCCUGCGCGAAGUACGCAGCCUGCUUCUCGCUCGCAACGAAAUGGCGACGUACAAGUCGCGGCUGCCGACGAUUGUCGUUGCGGACGACGCGAGCGACGACGAAUUUGGCUUUGACGACGCUGCGCUGGCGCAGCUCGAUGACCCCUCGCUGCUUCCCCCGACGAUCGACAGCGCGUACAAGUGUGCGCGGUGCUACGCACGCGAUGCAUGCAUGCUCUACCGUGCCGCCGUCGAGCAUGUGCGCGAUCCGGACUCGGCGAUUGCCGAACUCUACACGCAGCACACCGAGCACCUGAGUGGGACCGACCGUACCUUUUUUCAGCACUGGGAUGCGCUCCUCUCGCACGAAGAGCAGGGACUUGCGCGCUUCCGCAACGAGCUGUGGACCCUCCCUGCGGCAGAGCGCGAAAGUGUCGGCCGCUGCGUCGCGGGCCUCGUGCUCGAGGACGCGUCCAAGUGCCUCUUUUCCGCGCCAGACGCGCGCAUGCUGAGUGCGAGCUGGGCGGUCGACGACCUUGUCCUGCUCUCGACGCACACGCCGCACGCUGCGUUUGUCGGCCGUGGGCGUGUCGCGCACGUUACGCAGUCGCGGAUUGCGCUGCGUAUGGAGAAUGCCUGGCGCGAGACCCUCGUGCAGGUCAAGCAGCAGAGCGGUGUGCGCGACUUUACCUUUCGCCUGGACCAGGACGAGCUGUCGACGAUGCUGAGCGUGCCCCGUUACAAUAUCGCCUGCCUGUUCUACCCCGACGCGCCGCCGCGUGUGACGCGCCUCGCAAAACGUGUUGUGCACCUAGAAGCACCCCAGUGGGCGCCGCUCUCGGCAGAGCUCCAGGCGCUGGUGCGGCAGUAUACCCCUACAUGCAAUGCCGACCAGGUCGCGGCGAUUGAGCGUGCACUAGAGGCACAGGACUAUGCGCUGGUGCUCGGCAUGCCUGGUACCGGCAAGUCGACGACGAUUGCGGCGCUGAUCCGCAUCCUCGCUGCCGCCGGCCAGACUGUGCUGCUCUGCAGCUAUACGCACUCGGCCGUCGAUACGGUGCUCACCAAGCUCGGCGACGGGCUCGACGUGUUGCGCGUCGGCGCGCCGGGCCGCGUGCACCCCUGUGUGCGGCACUACUGCCUGGACGAGCGCCUCGGGCGCACGGCGAGCGUCGAGGCACUCGACACGCUCGCCGCCGAAGCGCAGGUCGUUGCAGCGACGUGUCUCGCGACGAACGAGGCGGUGUUUGCGCGCCGCACCUUUGACGUGUGCAUCGUCGAUGAGGCGAGUCAGAUCACUGUGCCGACGUGCCUGGGGCCGCUGCGGUAUGCCGACCGCUUUGUGAUGAUUGGCGACCACCACCAGCUGGCGCCGCUCGUGCGCGAAGAGGCGGCGGCUGCACACGGCCUCCAGACGAGUCUGUUUCAGCGCCUGUGCACCGCGCACCCCGCGGCGAUGGUCGCGCUCGCGCAGCAGUACCGCAUGAACGACGCGAUCAUGGCGCUGAGCAACGCGCUCGUAUACGACGGCCGCCUUGCAUGCGGCAGCGAGGCGAUUGCGCGCUCGACACUCGCGCUGGACCAACGUGCGUACGACGGGCCUGCAUGGCUCGUGCGCGUCCUCGCACCCGACGUGCAGGUGGCGUUUGUCGACACGGACGCCAUCGACGCGCACGAGUCGCGCACCGACGGCGUGAUGGAGAAUGCAGCCGAGGCCAUGCUCCUUGCGCAGAUCUGCACAGCGCUCGGCCGUGGCGGCCUCACCGCAAGCGACAUUGGCGUGCUGACGCCGUACCGCCACCAGGCGCGCCUCCUCAAAACGUCGUGCGCCGCCGAAGUGCUCACCGUCGACCAGUCGCAGGGGCGCGACUGGCCGGUAGUGCUCGUGUCACUGGUGCGCUCCAAUGCCCAAGGCUCGGCCGGCACGCUCCUGCGCGACGUACGCCGCCUCAAUGUGCUGCUCACCCGCGCGAAGCGCAAGCUCGUGCUGGUCGGCAGCGCACGCACCUUGUCCGGGCACGACGGCGAUGGCCAGCGGCCGAUGCCGCGCCUGAUGCGCCUGCUGCGCGAUGCAGAGGCCAUCUACGCCGUGCCCGCGACGCAGCACGCGACCAAGACCCCUCUAUGA